CGUCUGUGGUCCGUGCGCUCCGUGCGCUCCCCGGGAUGGCGAGCUACACCCGGGCGGCCCAGCAAUGGGCUACUUUUGGCAGAGCCUGGUACCUCCUCGAUGCAAAGAUGCAGCCCCCAGGAAAAAUAGCAGCUGCCACUGUAAUCAGACUUGAAGGCAGACAUAAACCAAUUUAUCAUGCACUAAAUGACUGUGGAGAUCAUGUUGUCAUAAUAAAUACAAGACAUAUUGCCUUCUCUGGUAACAAAUGGGAACAGAAAGUGUAUUCUUCACAUACUGGUUAUCCUGGUGGUUUCAAACAAGUGACAGCAACUCAGCUCCAUUUGAAGGAUCCAACUGCUAUUGUUAAACUGGCUGUUUAUAGAAUGCUUCCAAAAAAUCUUCAGAGAAGAACUCUAAUGCAGAGGUUACACCUGUUCCCCGAAGAUGUUAUUCCAGAAGAUGUAGAGAAGAACCUUCUACAAGWGAUUCCUCAGCCGCGCGCAGUUCCCAAGAGGUUAGAUGAAUACACACCAGAAGAAAUUGCUGCUUUUCCGAAGGUUUGGACUCCACCUAAAGACUUUCGAAGGAAGUAAUAACAAUAAAAGAAGUGCCAUCACGAGUGUCUCCCCUCCAUCAAAGAAAAUUCUUCUAACAUGGAAGCAUCUGUGCAUCUCAGUCAACUAUUCUACACUGAAUGUUUCUGAGGGCUGUUAGCAAACUUACGGUGUUUGAAACUGCUCUAAGAAUAGAUACUGUCUUGUUAAUACCAUCUGUACUGUGUAYUGUAUGAUCUGGUAUUUGUUUAUGACAUUUGGUUUGAUACUGUUAUUAAAGACUUGAGACCUUUUUAAUGAAAAUUUGCAUAGAAACAACACAUUGACUACUGAAAUGAACUAGCUCGCUCUUUAAGUUGCAAAUCUUGAAUUCCAUGCCAGAGGAGCAGAGAAUGAUUAUGGUCACCAGCCAUAAUUUUUCAUCCUUGAGCUUUGGCCAUCUUUUGAUACAUUGUGUUCUAAGGAACAAAAUGACAACUAGUUAUUUUUCAAUAAUUUGACUUUUUUCAGGCUACUAUUCAUCUGUAUCUAAAUCUUGGGUGUGCUGAAUGACAACCGCAAAACUGACUCUACUUUCUAGCUGCUGAAUGUUAUUAAAUGUCUUCCCAAUGGGGUUUCAUUCUUAACGUGGAGAUGUUGCAUGACUGUCAUUGGCAACUUCAUAACSAUAAGGUUCUGUCUGCCUUGGGAAGCAGCCAGGCAGAGCUGCUCCAGCUGGGCAUAGCUUUUGAGGAUGGCACACUGGACUCCAGUGCUGCUCACACCAAAACACCCAUUUCAGGAUGUGCAGUGUAUUUUCUGAAGUGACUCUUCCUCACUAGGAGGGCUGCUGAGGACCAACUGUAGAAUAGAUUUCAUUAAAGAGCUUGUUGAAAUAACAGGCAGUAAAGGCAGAUCACAGAGAGAUACUCUUCCUUUUCAUUUUAUUCCCUCUUAAGCCUAAAUCGGAUUUUCAUUCAAGUCAAAAUAAGCAAGCACAUGCCUUGCUUAUUUUAAAGAACAUAUUACAAGACAAAGCAGCAACAUUUUUAUUAUGAAAGCCGAAUGAGGAAACCAAAUUUAAGUGUUGAAUGAUGCAAAAAAGUCUUAAAAAUACUUAGCUUUUGCAGGUUACUUCCCUGAAAUUUCUUACUGCUUUCCUACACUGAAAUCUCUCAAGGCAAAGCUAUUCUGUAAAUAAGUGAAGCACCCGUUGUUUUCUGUGCUGUAGGAAAUGCUGAUAACAUAAUAUGCCAAAUUUAGAAUGUUAGGUGAGGAGAAUGAAUAUUCUGCAUCUCUUUCAUACAAGUAUCAUACCAGAAGAAAAAUACUGGUUUUUUUUUGUAAUCACAUUUCAUUAUGCAAAAUAGUGGUUUGGUAGAGGGUCUUUCUUUAGCAUCCAGAUGAGCUUAUCCCAGGAAACAUUCCUACCUCAUGAAUGUGCAGCUGUCAUUUCCCAGUCAGUAACUAUAUUUCAUUAACUAGGGAAAGUAUUUUUAAAAGCCCUAGAUUGCAAUAUAUCCUCUUUUCUGUGGAAGGACACACUACACAGGGUUUAUUGGCAAGAUCUUUGUGGCAUCAACUGUUCAUGCUGUGCUGAAUACUCCAGUCAGUGCCUCAAUUUCUUAGGUGGUCUGGAAAAAAUACGAAACACUGUUGAUUAUUCAAAGGCUGGAUUUUAGAGACAAUCUUGACUGACUGUGUCUUAGUUUUUUUUGUUUUUUUUUUUUUGCAAAGAUGCAAUUCCUGAAUAAUAUUUUUAUAAUUGGGUAGUGCUCACUAGUUAGUUACUUUUCAUUACCAUGGUAUGUCCAGCAAGUGACCAUAUAACCACUGACACCAGAAACAUUCUGGUUAGUAGGGUGCCAGUAAAUGGCACAGUAAAUAUAAAGUUAAAUUAACUACUGCUAUUGAAGCUUGUGCUUUAGUAUAUAAAUUGUUAUAAAAUUGGACAGAGUGUGGCCACUUCAUUAUCUCCAAGUCAUUUGUUUAAUUCAGUACAGGUACAUCCCAGUGGUGCGAGGAGGAGGUGGCAGUGGCAGCCACCUUCAGGGAAUCCUUCAGGGAAUCCUUCAGGCCGAGAUCACCUGAAUUCCCUGUGGGCAAAGGGAUGUUGUGCUGCUUCCUGUUGCUUCCCCCAGCCCAGGCCACUGCUGUGGGAGCCAUUGGAGUGGCACAGCACAGGUGACACUGACUGCAUGUCACAAGCACCCUCAGGGAUUUGGUCAGGCUGUUGCCAUCAGGCUGUUUUAUGGAGCAGAUAACACCAAUUGCCUUAUUUUGAUCACUUCGGCUAUGCUGUGUCCCUGCAUCCCUGGUUUUGUCCUGUCACCCUGUGGUCCCACGGGAACUUGAGAUUUGGAUAGUGUUGCAGGACAGCCAGUCAGGACAAAUUUAUUGAGCAGGAGACGCAGACUCUUCAAAAGACAACAUGAGCAGAAUUGCUUGAAAGCUGACUUUUUUCAUCAGUGAAUUUCUCAGUCACUUCCACAGGACCUGCAGGUCGGCAUAUCUUGGGUAGAACCCUGAGCUGUGUCAGUACAACAUGGAUGGGAGUGGGCCAGCCAGGCAGGGGCAGAGGGAGUUUGCCAUUGGGGUUAAUUAACAUGGGUGUUCACAACCAGUGCCAGCAGGGAAAUUAAUCCUGUGAUACAGGCAUUACUGUAUCUAGUUUUAAUAAUAUCUCUGAAUGUCAGCUGCAUGUGCCAGGCUCUGGUACCUGCACGUGUGUGAGAGCCGUGCUCACAUGGGGCCUCAGUGUUCUGUCAAGUGGGGUUAAGCUGCUGAAGAAUAAAGUCCAUAAACUGUUUUAUUUUUCUACCUUCUAUUUUAAACACAAGUGCAGGUAAGGAAAUUACAUUCAACUCACAUUUGAUCAACUUCUAUCACCUUUCCCCAAGAAAAUGGUUGGAGUCAGGGGUGAAAGACRUAAUGGGAAAACACAAAGACAACCUAGGAAGUUAUCCAGCCCCCAGGCAGAACGUGCUAGUCAUGUGUACAAGCAGUGUGCGCUACUAGUGAAGUUGAAUUCUAGGUGAGAUAAUUUGAGACUACAUAGUAAAGGUACACAUUCAUCUUCUUCCUGGUGAACUGAGGGAGCUGCUGGCAGUGGCCAGAGGCCAAACCUGACAGGCUUUUCUUUUCUGUAGAGUAUGGACAGACCCCUUCCCAGUCAGGAAURAGCAGGAAGACGGUCCUGGGAUGUACAGCACAACCUCUCCAUGUCUGAAUAGGAUUGAAGAAAGAGGGCGGUUCCAAACCUAUGCUUUUAACUUAAAUGGCAGUUCAAAUCAUUUUGACUCUUACCUUGUUUCUUUGUAGAUAAUGAAUUACUCUGUUCAGCUGGCUGGGUUGGCAUUUUGCCUUCCUCUCCUUAUUAGCUGAUCCAAGUACCCAUCUCAACUACACCUACCAGUCUUUUGACUUGGGCAUGUCAACAUGUGAAAUCUCACAUCCACAGCUGGUACAACUACUUCAGCUCAUAGUUGCUCUCUACAUUUGUCCAUAUAUAAUUCAAAAAAUAAGGCUAAAUGAUGUUUCUACCAAGUGUCUACAUCCCUUAAGAUAAAACUGUUGUCCAAA